AUUGUAGGGGGAAGAGUGAAAACGUGGAAACGGAGAUGGUUUAUUCUGACUGAUAACUGCCUGUAUUACUUUGAAUACACAACAGACAAAGAACCUAGAGGAAUUAUUCCGUUAGAAAAUCUUAGCAUAAGAGAAGUUGAAGACCCUAGAAAACCAAACUGCUUUGAGCUCUAUAACCCCAGUCAUAAAGGUCAAGUAAUUAAAGCGUGUAAAACUGAAGCUGAUGGCAGAGUGGUGGAAGGCAACCAUGUAGUGUACAGGAUAUCUGCUCCCACCCCAGAAGAAAAGGAAGAGUGGAUUAAAUCUAUCAAAGCAAGUAUCAGCAGGGAUCCCUUUUACGAUAUGCUGGCAACAAGGAAACGAAGAAUUGCAAAUAAGAAAUAG